UGGACUCUUUCACCUUUCUCCAUCUGUGACACUCACCGGGUGGUAUAUAGGCCCCCCGUGCUGCGUUUGAGCCUGAUUUCUGCAGGUUCAAUUCCGCUCUUGAGAUCUAAUUUUACUUUACCAACUAUUGUUCUUCAUCCGUGAAGCAGAGAUUCGAACGAUGUCUGUAGCUUCUUUGCAAGUUGCGAUCCGAUUCCAUCCCCCUUCGUAUGAUAUUCGCGUAGAGAGCGUGCCUAUUCCAGAAAUUACCCACCCGGACGAUGCCAUCGUUAAAAUACGUUUUUCCGGCUUGUGUGGUAGCGAUCUUCAUGCGUACAGAGGACACGAAGCCGUUGAUAAAAUUCAUACCUGCGGUCAUGAGUUCAUCGGUGAAGUCAUCAAACUGGGGUCUAGCUUCACCGCGCAUGCCCAAAGACUUCCGUCGUUGUACGCAAAGCUAAAGAUCGGGAACAAAGUUGUUUGCCCGUUUACUACCAGUUGCGGAGAAUGCCAAAUGUGCCGAUCAGGAUUUACGUGUCGGUGCAUCCAGAGCAAACUGUUCGGUUCUCCCGCUUUGGAGGGUGCGCAAGCGCAGUACAUUCGGGUGCCGAACGCAGGUGGGACGCUGUUCAACCUCAGUGACCCGGACACAUGGCCCCUGUCUAAGCCCAAACAAGUUUCUGAUAGCUCGCUGCUCCUCUUGGCCGAUAUCCUCCCCACUGGAAUUUUCGCUGCCAUUCAAGCGUUGAGCCAUCCUAAAGUGCUACCUGUACUGACGGCGACACCUUGGGCACUGCACGACAAAGCAUCCGACGAUAUAUCAGACCUGUUCCCCAAAGAGAAUGUCCCUACCUUUGCCAUUAUAGGGCUUGGUCCUGUCGGAGUCUGUGCAACCAUAAGCUUACUUGACCAACUGGGAAAACGACAGUUGCCCUCAGGGUUCAGGAUCGUCGCCGUUGAUCCCGUUGAAUCUAGGAGGAACAAGAUGCGUUCCAUCUAUUCCAAAAUAAGUGACUCAGAAGUCAGGCCCGAGGCCUUCAUGGUUCGAUCCAUCGAAGAAGCAAAAGAAACUGUACAAGCUUGGACUUCAGGUGUCGGAUGUUCUGCUGUAUUAGAAGUUGUUGGCAACAACAGUGCCCUCACGCUGGCCUACGAGCUUGUCCAGCCAUUUGGGACUAUUUCCUCUGUAGGUGUGCAUGGAGAACGUCCAUUCCCGUUGACCGGAGGUCAGUUAUACGAUAAGAACGUGUCAUUUGACUUUGGGCGUUGUCCUGUUCGUUCGUUGUUUCCUAUGGCAUUUGAUCUUUUAAUCAAGCGUCAAGAUGUAUUCGGGACUGUAGGUGAUGAAUCGGGUUUGAUUGACAGAAUUGUCGGCUUUGAUGAGGCAGUGCAGAUGUAUGCCGCGUUUGAUAAGGGAGAGGUCGGCAAGAUCGUGUUUGAUCCUUGGAAGGAAACUUAGAUUGAGCGA